GUCAAAAGGUAACUCUCGUUUCUAAAUGCGACAUUCUACCUUUAUGUGUAUAUAUAUGUAUGUAAAGACACACACACAUAUAACAAACCCCUCUCAACCUCACUUCUCCAGCAAGUUUACUAAAUCCACAAAAGCACACACACACUUAUACUCUUAUAGAUAUGGAUCUUGAGUUAUUACAAGAUCUGCCCAAGUUCAGUUUCCCAGCAACCAUCAAGAUCCGAUCCAAAACAUCAAGAAACAACAACGAGGGCGAUGAUAACGACCAGGGCUUUAGCUGCAGCACACCCACAUCUCAAGAACACAAGAUUCCUCCCGUCCUCGAUUCUCCACCUCCCCCGCCACGGAAACCUCGUUCACAGCCGUCAAAACCGUCGCCUACGGCGGCUCUGAUGAUCAGAUCGUGUAAGAGGAAGCUCUUAGUGUCGACUUGUGAGGUUGUCAUGAACCGGGAAGAGAUUGACCGUUUCUUCACCUCCGUUUAUAGUGACAUGUCGACCACAGCGAAACGAAGGAGAAGUUAUCCUUCAUGUGCACGAAGAUGAGCCUUUAGUUCAAGAAUUUACAUUUUUUUACAGUUUUACUGGAAAUAUUGUGAACUCAUAUAAAUUGAAAGAUUAUUAUAAGAUUAAAUUUUUUAUUUUAUUUAUAUAAGAUAGAUGGAUGAUCUUCUGCAACCGCAUAUUUAUUUGGCAUGGAGGGGUCGUUGUUGUAAAUUCCGUAAUAAAUGAAAUUUGAUUCCAAU